AUGCUAUUCCCACAGUUGACCAGAACCGCCGCCAGAGUGGCCUCCAGAAGAGCGUUUUCCGCUUCGUCCAGACAAUGCGGUGUGCAUUUCAAAGAAGGCUUGUACACGAACAUCCCAGUCAAAGUUCACAACAGAAAGAUCCCAUUUGCGUUGAUCCAUUUCGGAUGGUUCACGCUUGGGUUUUUGGUGCCCUUCAUCUCGUCGUACGUGCAACUGAAGAAGUCCGGUGUGUUGUAA